AUGAGAUAUUUUAUUUCAAUUCAAUAUCUUUAUAAUGUAUUUAAUUCUUCGUAUGCAAUAAGUGAUCAUCCUAAAUUAAAUCCAUUAUUUGAUAUCUUAUCAACAACUGAUCUUGUUUAUAAUCAUGCAGCUAAAGCUUGUGGAUUAUUUCGAGGUCAUACUGAAGCUGCUUAUAAUUUAAUUAAUUCUCCACAUUUCAAAUCUGCUAUUGUUCUUGAUUCAAUUUUAAUACAAUUUACUCAAGAUGCAAAUGAAAAUAAACUUUUAUCAAAAAGAAUUACAUUAGAAAUUAAAGAACAUCAUUUACAAUUAAUUAGACAUUAUUUACUUGAUGAAUUAAUUUCAAAAUAUCGUUUUUCAGGAUUUUAUAUUUGUGAUAUUGAUUCAAUUAUUCAAAUAUUUUAUUAA